CCAUUUCCCUGCCUCAAAAUCUCAUCAUGGGCAGGGCUAAUUAUAAGCCAUCAUGAAGGAAGAAUUCCUCAGGUUUCUUUGCAUCUUUCACCCCACCUUUUGCCGCCACCUUUGGCUUAAUCUAUUGCUCGUUGUCUCGUCUCCCCGACCCUGCAUUCCAAAGCUCCAUCGCUAAAGCUUUCCCCUAUUCCCCGACCCCUCCUCGCCCGUGGACAAAAUAAUAGCCAUCGGCGGAUGCAGAUGGUUGCACUCACUGAACUGUACUUGAGCUACUGAGGCAGCACCAGAGCAGGAGUACCUAAGCUAGCUCACUACACGCUUGAUAAGCUCCUUUUCUCUCUGUGUGUGUGUCUCCAAGUGGUGUGGCCGUGCAAGGUUGUGCCGGCGGCAUGGGUCUUGGGCCAGUUCAUCAUUGCUUGGCCUCCCUUCUUGCCCUGCUUCUUCUCCGCUGCUGCCACGUGACAGGGGUCGAGCAGAGAGCGCGCGGCGCCGCGGUGAGGCCGGAGCGCGCGCGGGACAUGCCGGAGCUGGACGUGACCACGCCGCUCGCGACCGUGCCGCUCGCGAACCCGACGCCGAUGCCGGAGGCGACCGCGGCGCCGACGCUGGCGCACCCGACGGCCGCGGCGGGCGCGGGGAGCUGGUGCGUGGCGAGCCCGAGCGCGGGCGCGGCGGCGCUGCAGGUGGCGCUGGACUACGCGUGCGGGCAGGGCGCGGACUGCUCGCCGAUCCAGCCCGGCGGGAGCUGCGCCGACCCGGACACCGUGCGCGACCACGCCUCCUACGCCUUCAACUCCUACUACCAGAAGAACCCCGUCCAGACCAGCUGCGACUUCGCCGGCGCCGCCAUCCUCACCAGCACCGACCCCAGCACCACCUCCUGCAAGUACCCAUCCACCAGCACCGGUGCCUCCGUCCUGAACACGACGUCUCCGGUGACCCCGGUGAACCCGACGUACGGAUCCCCUCCCGGCGGCUCCUACAACUCCCCUCCUGGUCCUGGCGGCUACUACAACUCCCCUCCUAUCUACGGGUCCAUGUCGCCUCCGGACUACGGCGGCAGCAUCAGCGCCGCCACGGCGAUGAUGCAGGGCAGCAAGAGCACGACGGCCGUAACAACGUCGCUGACGUGCCUCCUCGUCACGACUAUGUCCCUCGGCCUGCACAAGUAAGAAGCGAAGUUCACAUGCUUUAAAUUCGCGCGCAAAUGCACUUGGAGGCCGGAAUGAACUGAAGAGGACUCAGAUGAACCGGCACCAAUUGCAUCCAGAAAACAGAGGAGGCGCCAUGACAGAAGCAGAGUAGCAAUGGGCAAUGGCCGCCGGGCAGGCUGGUAGUAGUCAGUCAGUGUUGCAAAUAUUUGUAGCUGUAGUCAGUGUCAGCGAGUUUUGGCGUAUGUUUGUACUACUUGCAUGACAUGUUUCUCCAUUGUGGAGAACCGAAGUUAUUCGGAUCUGGCAUUUGAUCAUGUUUUUUGUAAUAAAUAUUUGAUCAUGUUCAUGUUGGGAAUCGGC